AGUAUCUGGAACUAGAUCGAUAUGGUGGAUAAAAUAAAAAAAAAAAACAUCAGAUGCAGCAGUCCCGGCAGCAAAGGAAAUAAAAAGGGAAUGCAGGUAUCAUAACGCGGAUUAGCUCGAAAUAGCUGUAGUUUGUUGUGUCAAUCCGAAUCAACAAGCUGUGGAAGGAAAUGAAAGACGAAAAGAUGAAAUAAACGUUCAUCGUAGCGUAUCGCAAUGGUCUCCACCAGGCACUUUUAGAGUGUAUUUCCAUUACGAAGGAGGUGUACUGAACCUUGGAGAUGAAACUGUAAAAAUACCCCUAGCCGCCACUAAGUCAGGAUUUGGCAUUUUCAAGACUGUCGCAGAGUUCACUACUACGUAUUAAUGAUUCUUUAAUAGUCAUGGGAUACUUUCAGGUAUUACUUAUUUCCUUUUUCGUGACAAAAAUCUCUGCUGUAUCUUCAAAUAUAAACGAAGAAAAUGGACAUAAAUCGCAUAACAGCAUGACACAAAUGGAAGAAAUUCGGUUAAAUAGGCAUUUAUUUCCGCACUUAACAGAUUUUCAAGCAUCCGCUUCAGAGUUAAUCUCAAUUCCCGAGGAAGUUUUUAAAAUCAAGAACUAUUCUGAAACUAGCUCAAAAUUAAUGGCCUUAGAAGACAGGAAUCACCCAGUUGUCGGUUUUAGAGAAAACUCUAGGCCUAGAUUAAUGGGGAUUUGGAAAAUGUGGCCCGACCCUCAGCAGCAGGGUGAAAAUGGGAAGGAUAAUUUGAAGAAAUUAGCUUCAAUUGUAGAAACCCGCUCAUUUAUCACAAAUCCUGAGCUAUCGUUCCAUAUUAACAACUCUCCAGAGUCAAGAAAUAAUUUCAAAACUUCUAAACAGUCUGAAAGAAAAUCUUUUAGCAAAGAAUACAGUUCGCUUGAAGGAAGGGAUAAAAAUUCGGAAGCGAUUUCGAAUUCCAACGGAAAUAGUGCAGAAACAGUAAGUGACUAUGGUCAAAUGUUACCCAAAGAUUAUAGAUCUAACAUUGAAAAAUUAGCGGAAGAAUUUAUAGAGAAACAAAAAGAAAAAAAUAAUACUGAAAUGGAAGGCAAAAAAACUCAAGUUGAAGUGAAAAAUGUAGAUAAGAAUAAAUCUCAUAGCAGUAAGGCAUUUUUUCAGUCAAAGGGUAAAGACAGAACAAAAAGUUACGACGACUCUGAAGAAAAGUUUGCAAACUAUAAUGCUAAAAAUGCGAAUAAACACAUUUGGGAUGAUUUUAAUAAGAAUCCAGUCCACACGAAGUUGUUGAGUGACACUGAUGGUUUGCAUUCUUCAGAAAAGAGGCCUCCAUUGUCUGAAGAACAUUAUAAUCUGCAAAAUCCAAAUUUUGAAAACAAUCCAUUAUAUUCCGGAGAAAAACUCGCAUCUAUUGAGGAGCAUUAUUCAAAAAGUCCUAGCUUUCCUCCAGAUCAAAAUCCUUAUAAGAAGUUUAACAAUGAAAAGUACAGAGCUCAAAAACCUUCAAAUAGCAAAGACCUAGAAACUGUUAAUUUCGAUUCUGAACUCAAAGGUGGUUUUAUCAAAGUGACAAGUUCACAUUUAAAGAACAGAAAAAAUCAGCGACUGACAUCUGCUACUGUACCAAUUCUAAGUAGCGUUGAAUAUAAUGCGAAAGUUUCUGAGCCUCAUCGGAAUAGCAAAGAAGGAAGUCAACAUGAAAGCAGAGAAAGAACCCAAAAUUUUGCUCCGAGUGUUUCAGAAAAUGCCAGAUACUUAGAGAAAAAUCAUGGAAGUGAAAGACAUCAUUUGUAUAAAAAAGUACGGCGUGAAACGAACAGAACAUCCAAUCCAAAGCAAAGCAAGGGGCGUAAACUAAACAGGAGAGAUGAUGACAAUAAUGGACAAAAAGCUACUUACCACUGGGGAUUGGAGAAACAUAAAAAUAUGGAUGGAUUCUUUCAGUAUGCCAAUGUGCCACAUGCACAAGAGUUUGAAUAUGGAUACAGGGUUGGUGGACCAGAACAUACUCAAGAAAGGCACCACAAAACAGAAGGAAAGCACUCAACAAUAAAAUUAAAUUGGAAGGAUAAAAAUGGGGACUUUGGAGACCAAUAUUGGGAAUUCAAUCAUGAUUCAGCAGAAAGUGACAGUAAAGAUGCAACUAAUGGCAAAAAAGAAAAGGUUAACUAGUCAUAAUAAUAUCAUUUUAGAAAUUUGAAAGUUAGGUUGUACAUUGAGAACAGGAAGUAUUAUUUUGCUUAAUGAAAAGCAAAAGAACAAUUUAACAAAUUAAAAUGGGCUAUUUAAGAACAUAGCAUAACUAAUUAUAGGAUAGUGGUGCUGCUGAAUGAUUGCAGAUUAUGCAUAGGUCAGUCAUUGAGGCGGGUGAGAGAGGAGAGGACAAUUGCUCCCUGGCUUUGAGAAAUCAAUGUAUUUUGUAUAUGUGGAAACAUGUUAUGUUGAUUUUAAGUAUAAUAUACAUCAAGUACAUGACCUUUCACAUCUUCCAGAAAAAAAAAAGGUCUAAAAUAUUAUGAAUUACUGCCUUUUAUGCAUGAUCAUCACUCAUAGUGUGAAGUAGGAUGCUCAAACCAUUUGCACAUAAAAGACAUGUUUACACAUAUAGUUAUUUCAAUCUUGUGUAACUUUUCAAUAUUGAUAUACAGCGGGUCCUCAUUUUACGUGGAUUUAUUUUAUGUAGAUUUUAUUGUACUUUGUUCAAGAUUUGAAGUCUUUACUUUGUUUUUCACGGAUGUGGCA